GCUCCCAUUCCUGGCAAUACUGAGGAUUUCGCCCACGUGGCGGAAGACUCCUUCACGGUGCCGCGUGCUCACGCCUACGUCACGACCACUCACGACCACCACGGGACCUUGGAGGAGACGAAUCAAGCGAUCGACAUCCCCCACACCUACGACGAAGCCAUGAGCUCUCCCCAGCCCGAAGAAUGGAAAGGAGCGUGCAGCAAGGAAAUGGUCAAUCUCCGGAAACACAACGUCUUCAAUCUGGUGCCCCUCAGUAGCGUUCCCAAGGGAGAGAAGAUCCUCGCAACGAAAUUCGUCUUCAAGACAAAGCUGGACGGACAAUUCAAAGCUCGCCUGGUAGUCGGAGGACAUCGUCAAGAGCCAGGACAGGAUUACGGACGCAGCUACGCCCCAUUAUGCCGUAUCAGGAGCAUUCGCAUGACGUACGCCUUUGGCUGCCACAACGACUGGCCCAUCUACCAACUGGACGUUGUCGGUGCCUUCCUAACAGCCCUCUGCGACAGAGACGUGUACGUCAGACCCGCCCCCGGUACAUCCGCCAAAAACUCCGCGACUCAUGGUGGACAAAUUAAGACGGAGCCUCUACGGCCUAUCGCCGUCGCCGGCGCUCUGGAACGACACCCUGGACGAGUCUCUCACGGUGUUCGGAUGAAAAAGGACUCGAUCCGACCCCUGCGUAUGACCGACAUGGGAGGGGUAAAGCGGAUCCUCGGGAUUGACGUAGAGCGGGUCUACGAGCAAGGAACCCUGGCCAUUUCACAGGAGCACUACGUAAACACACUUCUGGAACGGUUCGGAAUGCAAGAGGCCAACCCAGCGAGCACUCCUGGAUACGGAGCGGGGUUGUCCACGAAUCAACCUCAGGACCAAAUCCUAGGACCCGCUGACAAGAAAAUCUACCAGUCGACGACGGGAAGCAUUCCUACCUGGCCCAGUGCACGUGAUUCGACCUCUCUUAGGCGGCCCUACAAUUGUCCAAGACCUGCAGCAACCCAGCGCAAGUGAACAUGACAGCAGCCAAGCAUGUUCUGCAAUAGCUUGGGGGUAAUCCAGUUCUUCCGAUCGUCUACAAGAGAGGAGAGUUUCGGCUAGCGGCGUUUACGGAUUCAUCCUUCGGAUCAAACCCCGAUAACGGAAGAUCUACCACGGGACAUCUGUUCUUCCUGGCUGGAGGACUCAUCAGCUACGAUGCGAAGACUCAAACUCUAACCGCGCAAAGCACGGUCAAAGUCGAGAUUCAAGCACUUAGCUACUCAGCCAGAGAGGCGGUCUAUAUCUCAAAUUAUAUGACGGAACCCAACUUCAAGACCUUCGAAUCGGUUCCCAUCAACCGCGACAGCACUGGA